UUUAUUUGGACUUUCUAAAUGAGGCCAUCCGUACCAAAAAAAACCCCUUCCUCCUCUCUUAAGUCCCGCGAGACCCCCUUUCCCUCGCCGUUUCAGUUCGGCCAGCUCACCCACAAACGGCGACGGUUGGCAGCGACUUGCGGUGAGUGAGCGUCGCAAGACCCAUGCUCAGACAACGACCCGCGCCCGACGACUCCUUCGCGAUCUUGAAGCGAUAACCCGUUCUGCAGCGUUCUACGACGUAUCUUCCGGUGGAAAUCAGAUUAAGCGUAUUCUAGCACAUUCCAGCCACGAUUGAAGUUCGUUUAGGUUAGGUUCAUGGGCAAAAGUGCUAUAAACUCCUUUCGAACACAUUCAAAUGCUGUGGCUUAACCUCUAACCUUUAGAACAUCUGUCUUGUAGUUUCGGACUGAUACCAGACCUAUGCGGAUACUUUUCUAGUAAUGUUGUCCCCUUUGGACACUUUUCAUUGAUUUAAACUAGUUCGAACCCAUUCGGAAACUCUUGGGUCUUAUUCGAACACUUUCCAGCAAAGUUCUAAGCCUGUUUGGUGUUUUUCAACAGAUCUCAAAUGGCAGACCCCUGCAACUUGUCUUGCUACAACUGUGGCAGCAUUGGGCUUACAGAUGGCUUUGAUGGCUUCUUCUACUGCCUUCAGUGUGGUUCCCAGGCUGACGACAUCAUCGACACUGGUGUUGCCGACGAGGAUUUGGCUAUAAGAGAUGCCGGUAAAUCCGGUGGCCCAAUCUACUCACAAUCUCACAAGCGCCGCCAUAAUCCAGCCGUGUUGAAGGUGGAACCCCUAUCUCAGUCUCAACCACUUUUUGGUACAAGUCAGUCUGAGUUCUGGGAUAGCCUUAAUUUAAAGGAAGACCCAUAUGGCAAUGAAGCUCGAAAGGAUGAUGACGUUGUGAUGUUAAAUGAUGGUGUCGGGCCUACUGGUCCAGAGGAUUUCGGGUCCGGUGGUGUGCUAUCUGGAAAACCAAGCUUUGAGGAGUAUGCUGAUGAAGUGAGAAUGAGAUAUGUAAUGGGGUUGCAGCUGAUUGUGGAGCUUCAAUGCGAAGCUUUGGUGAAGGAAUUCAAGGCAACCCCUGUAAUUUGUGGGUUGGCAGCGAGCAUUUGGUUGAGGUUUGUGACUAUUACACGAAUUUUUGAUGAGGAUUGGGCCUUUGAGACCGUCCAGGAUUCUGAGAGCCAAUGGCAAGAUCCUGAAUGCAUUAGACGUGUUCGCUUUAACAAUAAAGACGAACCCCACAAUUUGUAUGGUCAAAGGGUAGUAGUUGUAUGGGUUAAAUCUUUAAGAAAGAAGAUACCAUUAUUUUGUACAUUAGCUGUUUCAUUUUUGGCUUGCCAUGUUGCUCGGGAAGCAAUUUUGCCAACAGACAUAAUAAAGUGGUCACUGGAGGGGAAACUUCCAUAUUAUGCUGCUUUUAUCGACAUUGAAAAUCGCAUUGGGAAAACGUCAAACGCUUGUCCUAUAAGUUCAAAGCAUAUGCAUAGACCCUCUCGAAUUUCCUCGCUGCAGAAGUUAGAAUCCUUGGCAGCAUCGAUAGCUCAUACCAUAGGACUAAAUCUUCCUCCAGUCAAUUUUCAUUCAAUAGCAUGUCGUUUUCUCGACAAGCUUGCCCUUCCUGUUGAUAAAAUUUUGCCUUAUGCUUGCCGCAUUUAUGAGUGGUCAAUGCCUCCUGAUUUGUGGUUAUCAACCAAUGAAUUGAGACUUCCCUCUCGUGUUUGUGUAAUGUCAAUUCUAAUUAUAGCAAUGAGGAUUCUGUAUAAUCUCCAUGGAUUUGGAGAAUGGGAAAAGAGUUUGUCUGUUAAUUGUGCUUCAUCUUUCCCACCAAAUCAGAAGACGCAUUCAAGUCCUGCUACGCAUUCAAGUCCUGCUACGCAUUCAAGUCCUGCUAAUAAUUUUAGUAAAAUGCAGGCUGAUAAUGAAAACAGACGCGGAUUUACUUCACUUAAUGUGGACAAUCCGUCUGUUUCUCCGAAUAACUCCCAUCCGACUGCUACAGAGUUCCUUCGCAAGAUUGAAGCUCGGUAUCAUGAGAUUGCUGAAACUUAUGAAUACUCUAAAGACUUGCCAACUUAUCUUCAGUACUGUAAGGAUGUAGUCUUUGCUGGUUCAGAGUCGUUGUAUGUCGAUGAUCAUGAGGAACAAAAGAUGAUCGAACAAUUAUGGAAUUAUUAUCAGAAUGAAAAGGAUCGAGAACAAACAGAAGAUGUGGAUCAAAAUGCUACUUCCAAUCAAAAGAGAUUGAGGGAAGGUUCUAAUGAUCGAUUAUCCAAUGAAAGCAAGAAAGUCAAAGGCAAAGAACGUAUUAACGGCGAAUCAUCAAAUAACAGAACUGGGUCAAUUAAUUCUCAGCAAAGUCCAUCAAAAAGUUCAGAAAAUAGUGAUGAUGAUGAAGUAUCCUCUGAAGACAAAGCAGCUUCAAUACCAACUUCCAUAGAUGAAGCGAUCAGACGACUGAAACUCGACAUGGAGGAGAAAAGGUUCUGCUACAUUCCCCCAAGAGUUAACCCGAAGAGAUUUGAUUACCUUCACUACUCGAGGAAGAUCGAUGAGGGUGCGCUGACUUACGCUGCUCAUGCUGAUUACUACAUAUUGCUUCGUGCUUGUGCUAGAGCCGCACAAGUUGAUAUUAGGAUUAUGCACAUUGGAGUGUUGAGUCUUGAGAAAAGAUUGUCAUGGUUGGAAGCCAGAAUCGAUAGAUCUCUCCAUCUAACACCUUCAAGUGUUUCUUGUGAGUUUUGCAGUGAUGUGCCUGAUCAUGUCGACUCCAUUGGACUCUCAGAUUUGGGUACUUAAAAGGGUUAGACAAUCUAAAAACAGAAAUUUGAAAACAAGAGAUUCAAUGGAAACGUAUUUCAUGUUUUCAGAUAUGUAUUUGAUAGAAGAUUUAAAAAUUAAA